CAGACAAAUUAGGUUAUGCUGUCUGCCAUGUGGAGAAAAACUUCACUUCCCGUGGGGUCUUUGGCAGCGCGUCAUUGCUACGAUACGCACUACGAAGCAGCGUUGAAGGAUACGCCAAAAGGAGCAAGAAUGACUGAUUGGGUUGGAUAUGGGUAUGCAGCACUCAUUGCAUCCGGAGGAGUGAUGGGCUAUGUCAAAGCACGCAGUGUCCCCUCCUUGGCGGCAGGUCUCCUCUUCGGCAGCUUAGCUGGAGUUGGUGCCUACCAGAUAUCACAAGAUCCUACAAAUAUUUGGGUGUCUCUAGUCACAUCAGGAGCCCUGGCAGGUGUGAUGGGAAAGAGAUUCUAUGGUUCCAGGAAGAUGAUGCCUGCUGGAAUGAUGGCAGCAGCAAGUCUACUUAUGGCGGGGAAGCUGGGCGUUGGAAUGCUGCUGCAGAAGCCCCAGGAGUCAUAAUGCACUGAAAUGAAGAAGAAGUUCACAGACACCGAUGUCAAAAUCACUGUCCUCUCGUGCUUUUCUACGGUCUUAUAUCGUUCACCAAGAAUAUCAGUCAGAUAUGUGAAUGUUAUUUUGGAAAAAUGUAUAAUUGAACACUGAUUUAUGAAAUAACAAGGACUGUCAUGUGUUUUUGUU